AUGCCGCCGCCGCCCCGUCCCAUCGACGCGCGAGGCGGCGAAACCCGCGACGACGACGCGGCCGCCGCGCCGUCGACGUCGGCGGCGGCGUCGGAUCCCGCCGCGGCGCCACCCCCGUCAUCAACCUCGCCCCUCCGCACUUCGCCGUUGAGCGCGACGAACGUGCCGACGGUCCUCUCCAAGCUGCGGAAGUGGGGCGACUACGCGAGCUUCGGCGAGCCCGCACUGCCGUCGAAGUUCAUCCCGAUGAAGACGCCGCUGUCGCCGACGCUGCUGCGCGAGGACACGUUCGAGAACGUCCUCCUGCUGCCAAACUUUCUCGCCGAGCAGCGCGAAUCGCGCGGCCGCGACGUCGGCCUCGUCAUCGACCUGUCCAACCACGACUGCCUGUACGGCGACGGCAUCCCGGAGGGUCUCGAGCGCGUCCACGUCCGGAACGUCGCGAAAAGCGUCCCGGACAUCGCGUGCACGAGCGAGGUCAUCGCCGUCGCGUCCGAGUUUUGGUCGCGGCGGCCCAACGCGUUCGUCGCGAUUCACUGCGCGUACGGGUUCAACCGCACUGGGUUCGUGUUGUGCUGUUACCUCAUCGAGGCGUGCGGGCUGAGCGCGGACGACGCGCUCGCGUCGUUCGCGGCGGCGCGGCCGCCGGGGGUGAAGCACGACCGGUUCAAGGUGGCGCUGAGGAGGCGGUAUCCGACGCCCGGGUGCGCGCCCGUGCCGCGCGACGACGCGGGGGAAGACGACGGCGGCGACGGCGACGCGGAUCGCGACGGCGGCGACGACGGCGAGGUCGGGUCCGGGGGCGACGGCGGGGGAGCGCGCGGGGGCGAGGGGGAGUCGUGGCGGAACGAGACGUUGGAUCUGGACAACGUCGCGGAGUUAGAGGAGGCGUUAGUCGAGCUCGAGGAAGAGCGCAGGGCGAGCUUGGACCGGGGGUCGUAG